GCGCUGUCUCGAUCGAUCGACGAUUUGUCGGGAAUUUCUAGCUUUGACUCCCGCUGAGCUGAGCUAUAGUCUGCAGACCGAAUUUGAGGAGUGGACCCAUAGUCAUUUAGUCAUCAUGGCUAGGAGACGUCUAGAAAUGGCCAUUCGUACGGGCCGGGCUAUCGACUCCGAACAGAAGAAGAGUGCUGGUGUGUUCACAAAGGUUCAAGAACUCAUUUCUAUCCAGCUUGAUGAGGCAGCAAUGGGAACGUAUAGCUUACAGUUCUCACAUGACGGUGAUAGUCUGGCAGUGGGAACAGGCAAUGGGGGAAUAAAGUUGUUUAAUAGCAAGACUGGUGCUGUGCAGAAGAUAUUAAGUCAUGGUGACCGUGCUACUCUUCCUGUGAUGUGCCUAAGCUUUCAUCCUGGUUUGCAAGAUGUACUUGUUUCGGCCGGCUCAGAUGGAGUCAUAUCGCUCUGGAACAUGGCUGAAAACAAGCGAAUUGAUACACUCGUUGAGGGCGGAAACGAGAUCAAUGCUCUAGACUUCAGUCUUCAGGGAGAUACUUAUGCUACAGCUGGCAAAGAUCAAAACGUGCGACUCUAUCAUGCUAAUAGUAACAAGCUCACAAGGCUGUAUCAAGGAUCCAAUGCUUUGGUCCCAGAGCGUAAUGAUCUUCUCGAGUCAGGUCAUGGUCAGAGAAUCUUUGCUCUAAAGUUUCAUCCUGAUGACAAUCAUAUCUUUGUGACUGGAGGCUGGGAUAAUUGUCUCAAGGUAUGGGAUACAAGGACUGAGCACGGGGUUGAACGUACUAUCUCAGGACCUCAUGUCUGUGGCAGUGGACUAGACAUUCAGGAUGGGAAGAUCUUAACAGCCUCUUGGGUCCAAAACCACAGUCUUCAGAUCUGGGACUUCUCUAGUGGUAAUCUUGACCGAACACUGGACCUGGACACUGACAAUAAGGAAGGAGAGUUCCUAUACUGUGCCCAGUUCUGUGAUAACAACACUGUAUUGGCUGGUGGUAGUGGUACAAUGAAUGUUCAGGCGAUCAAGACUGAUACCUUUGAUAUAAUUGAUGUAGUUGAUUUCAAAGGAAAGACAGUACAAGCCUUGGAUAGCACUGAUGGUGGAAGAUUGUUUGCUUUGGGUGGUUCAUCACAGACAAUACAAUUAGCAUCUCUUAGAUAGCUAAGCUCUUCAGCAGGUAAGUGAUCUUUACAACGUUAAAUUCAAAGAACGUAGAUCAUCAAACAGUUAGUAGUGUUUCUUAGAUAACUAAGCUCUUCAGCAGGUAAGUGAUCCUUCCAACGUUAACUUCAAAGAAUAGAUAAACAGUGAAAGUAGUGUCUCUAAUAGCUAGCAAAGUUUCCAGUAGGUUAAUGAUUUAUACCAUGGUGCGAAAUUAAAGAGUAGCAAUUCAUCAGUAUCACUGACUUAGUAUUUCUUAGAUAGGUAUGUGUACCUCUUUUACAGGUUGGUGAUGAUUAGUUUGUUAAAAAUCUAAGAAAACCAUUCAAGCAGACCUCAUAGACUUCACAUUUAGCAUCUAUGAGAUAGCUAACUAUUUAACGGGUAAGAGGCUGUUACAAUGGAAAAUUCUAGGAAAUCCAUUUAUCACAGAUGAUACAGUUAGCAUAUCUUAUAUAUCUUACUCCUUGAAAAGUUAGUGAUAAUCAGGAUAAUCAGAACAUAGCAUUUCACAAUAAAUGAUGCAUUUAUGCUUAUGUCAGUAGGGCUAUUCCACGGUUACCCACGUUACAUUUGGAGACACCUUGACUCAUACUUGGAGCUGUAACUCCAUUAUUAUUGAUAGGAACUAAGCAUCUCUUUAUCACAACAUAGUACGCAGUCUGACUAUCCUUUGUAUAAAAACAAAACUUGGGAAAUUUCAUUAUGCUCCUGGCAAAUCUUUGAAAUGUGUCGGUUACUCAUGUUACAUGAUUUGGACAUGCAUAAAAUGAAAAGUGGACAUAAGUGAAAAGUGUCCUCAUACAAGGCUUUUAUGAAAGUUGAUUAUAUCCAUUUCAAAGAAGUAUAUUAGGGAGACAAAUUUGUAUAUAAUUAAAAAAAUAAAGAACACAUGGUUUUUACUAGGGGUGCAGAUAAAGUGGUUACUCACGUUACGGUUCAGAUGGGCUAUAUGUACAAAGACACAUUGAGCUCAUGUCCACCAACCUAUGGAAUUGCCCAGUAGCAUUCUAGAGUUUGGUUCAAAGAGAACAAAAUAGUUUAUAUAAAUGGAAAUUACUGCUAUUCUUCAAUUUAAAUUUCUGGAUUUAAAUGCUAUUUAGAUUUAUUGCAAUCAUAUAAUUGCAGCUGGGAAAUGCUUCUGUUUAAAAGAAAACUGUCAAUGUUCCUUCCUCCCAUCAGUCAACUAUUACAAAGAUAUCACUAAACCAUGACUCAAUAUUGGCAGUAUUUGUGUUUGCAAUCAAAUGCCAAUUUGACAGGUAUAAUUCUUAUUGGUUGCUUGUGUAACCUUCAAAUUUUGUGAUUGAUUAUAAAUAUUUGUGUUAUAGGGUCCAGAUAAAAAUACAGUCCAACCUCUCUUAUCCGGCUUCAUCUCAUCCAGAUCUUUCUAUUAUCUGGACGCACACUUGCCAAGAUUUUUUUUUUCAAUCUAGUACAUGGGGAAAUGAGAUUUCAAUCUUAACUCAAAAUUCCCACGCAAACUCACUUUGUUUACAUACAUUUUCCAAUAUAGUCUACCUACAACCACAUUAUUUCUUUAUGAAAAUAUCUUACCCAAAUCACCAAAAGAACUUAGGUUAUUUUUCCAGUGACCAUUUUAUCACAUUCUCUUUUUUUCUGGGAUAAAACAACACGCUCGCUAGACAGCGCCAUCUAUGAGCCUACAGUCAAACUUUGCGAAGUUGCAGUGCCCGCCACAAUGAUCCUAUUUUUAAACUUAGUAAUAGAGUCAUUCUCUUUCUUUCGAGGUAUGCUCGAUGUAUACCUCAAUUUCAGCAGGUAAAUUAUCCAAGAGUUUUGGCAACCAAUCGAUUUCAUUUCUGUAAAAAAAACGGCCAUAAUUUGCACUGACACUGCAGUGAAUACUGUUUGUGUGUGCCCACUACAAUAGAUUACGUGUAGCUACUAUUGGGAGGCAGCUGCGCGUAUUUAAUAUUGAGUCUCCCAGAUCUGGAUAAAUCCUUUAUCCGGAUAGGUACUGGUCCCAACAUGUCCGGAUUAGAGAGGUCGGACUGUAUAAUGAAAUACCUAUAUUUCAAACGAGUGGUUAUAGGUUUUUCUCCUCUAUUCAAAUAGUUUGCUAUUCCAAGGAAUAUGCAGUUUCUCUAUUUUUAAUGGC